UUCUCUCAAAUCUCAACUCAAAGUUAAGCGUUUCUCCUCCCUCCCUGUCCCUGCACCGCUCGUUCUCUGCCUCUACAGCCACAGUCUUUCUUUAUGCCCUCCCGUCGCUUUCGUUCUUGAUCGUCGCCUCCGCAACGGUCGUGCUCUUCAAGCGUACAAGUGCCAGUUGAAUUCAGUGUGCUACAGAGAAGCGUUAUCCUAACUGAUUGAUCAUAGAUUGGAGAAUUUAAAUGAAAGGAUGUUUUGAGAAUAGCCGGUUCUUUUCUAGUUUAACUCAGUAAGUGAUACUUCACUUGGCACCGCCAAUGGCAACUUCAAUUGUAAAGCACUUUUUUCUCUCUCCUCCAAAACCCAUAAAAGCUUACCAUCUCUACUCCUCCGCUUCCACUCCACCGUCUGAUCAAUCCCACAUAGUCUCCACCGUUGUUUCACUGCUUAUCCACCACCGUUCCAAAUCCCGAUGGACCAAUCUCCGCUCCUUACUUUACUCCACCAAAACUCUAACCCCUAUCCACUUUUCCCAGAUUGCCCUCCAAUUGAAAUCAAACCCCCAUCUUGCCCUUCGCUUCUUCUUCUUCACUCUAGACAACUCUUCCCUUUGUCUCCAUGAUCUCUACUCUUACUCUACCAUUGUCCAUAUCCUCUCUCGUGCCCGCUUAAAGGUGCAAGCUUUGUCUAUUAUCAAGUCUGCUCUUGUUUCUCGUUGUUUGUUUGAUUGUAAUAAUGCGCCAGUUAAAUUCUUUGAAAUGUUACUGAAAACUUAUAGGCAAUGCGAUUCUGCUCCAUUUGUGUUUGAUUUGUUGAUAAAAUCUUGCCUUGAGUUGAAAAAGAUUGAUGGGUCUAUUGAAAUUGUAAGGAUGUUAAGGUCUCGUGGGAUUAGUCCACAAAUUAGAACUUGUAAUUUGUUGAUUUCUUGCGUUGCUAAGUGUAAAGGUUCUUGUGCUGGUUAUGGCAUUUUUAGAGAGAUUUUUGGAUUGAGAGACGGCGAUAGUAAAGUUAGAUUGAGGCCCGAUGUACAUAGUUUUAAUGAUUUGAUGAUGGGGUUUUAUAGAGAUGGUGAAAUGGAGAUGAUAGAGGAAGUAUGGAAUGAAAUGGAGAGAUUUGGAUGUGUUCCAAAUCUGUAUAGUUAUAACAUUUUGAUGGCUUUGUUUUGUGGUGAAGGGAAGAUGAGAGAAGCAGAGAAGUUAUGGGAAGAAAUGAGAGUGAAGGGACUGAGGCUCGAUGUUACGGCUUAUAAUACUAUAAUUGGUGGAUUUUAUAAGAGCGGGCAGAUUGAAAAAGCUGAGGAAUUUUUUAAAGAAAUGGAGUUGGGUGGAGUAGAAAGUAAUAGUGUUACCUUUGAGCACCUAAUUAAUGGCUAUUGUAAAGUUGGGGAUGUUGAUUCAGCUAUUCUUGUAUAUAAAGAUAUGCUUCAGAAAGAUUUCAGGCCUGAAGCUUCAACAAUAGGCAUGCUGAUUGAAGGACUUUGUGAGAAGAAGAGAGUUUCUGAAGCUUUGGAGAUUAUUAGGAAUGCAAUGAGAGAUGUUAGUUUUUGUCCAAGUAGGAAGAGUUAUGAAUUGUUGAUUAAGCGGUUGUGCGAGGAUGGCCAGAUGGAAGAAGCAUUAAAGCUUCAAGCCAAGAUGGCAGGCAAAGGGUUUGAACCAGAUUUAAAGAUUUAUGAUGCUUUUAUUGAAGGGUAUAAGAAGUUAGGAAAUGAUCAAAUGGCAGCAACAUUGAUAAUGGAAAUGUCUAGAACUCAAAAAUAGGUGAGCAAAAUUAUAUGUAUAUAUCACUGACAAGGACUACAGUCAUCUUAAUCACUUCCUUGCUCUUCAUCUCGCAGUGAGGUAAAAUGUGGGGUGUAAAUGAGCUGAAUUUAUUAGGCUCGAAGCUCGGCUGAAAAUUGCAAAUCUAAAGAUUUUGAAUUCGAAUUCAA